CAUAGCAGUUGUCAUAUUAUCUGGUCGUUGUUGGGAUUGCCAAAGUCAGUCAGCUAUUUUACCCCAGGCCUUUAUUGCAUAAUUUGUCUACGGAAAACAUACAUUAUUCCUGUGAACUUAUCUUGGCUGAAAAACCAGUUUCACAGGCAUGCUCUACGUUUAAAGAGAUGAAUCAUUCUAAACCAUAGGUCUAUAUAAAGAGAAAUCUGAGGACUGGCUAUAUAGACCCAGCAGUGUUGAGAUCUUCAGAGGAAACUUUUGGAGUCAUUUGCAAAUGUAAGAAACAUAUUUUUUUAAUAAUUUAAGGUAUUAUAAAUUCUGAAUUCAAAGAUUAUGAUGAGAAACAACUUAAUUCAGCUUUUAUACAAAGCUUUUCUGUUGGCCAUCAUGAUACUGUAACUGAAUGGCUUUGACAUGCAUGUUCAUCUAUUGAUAGUCAUUCUAAAUGUUUACAAUGACCUCUCUUUCUGCCAUCAGAAGUGAUUCACUGUCAAGAGUAAAAUGCCGGCCUAUGAGGUAACUGUGUACCACUCCAAAGAAUUGUUCGCCUGCACUGUGAACAAUGUGUACAUCAAGUUGGUGGGAGAAAAAGGAGAGAGCGAAGACACUCGUCUCUCAAAUGAUGCAUGCUUCAUAGGAAAGGAGUCAUAUUGUACAAUCAACUGCCACGACUGUAUUGGAAACCUGUUGCUAAUUGAAAUUCAGAAGAAGUCUUUUCUAUUGGAAGACAACUGGUUCCCUGAAAAAAUAAAAGUCAAAGCUCCUAAUGGAAAAACCUACAACUUCCCAAUGUACACCUGUAUUACUGACAGAAAGAAACGCUACUUCAAAGAGGGUCGAGCUUUGACAGUCUGGGAGGAUUGCAGUCCUCUUGGCUGGAGCAGUCGGAAGCAAGAACUUGAUCGACGAGCGACAGUAUAUUGCUGGAAAGAGUCUGAAAAGGGAAUGCCUCACCAUAUUGAGGCAAACGACCCACGUAACCUGCCUUGGGAGGACCAAUUCAUCACCAGCAAGACAGCAGAAUUCAUGAGACAAGCAUUUGAAAACAUUCUUUGGGAAAAGUAUAUAGAGCUUCGUGAAUGUUCUGAUACUUGGCCUGAUUUUGAUGACAUCAGUAAGCUGAUUGACUACAGCAAGUAUGACAUCCUGGUCUAUGUCAAAGAAAACUGGAGGGAGGAUGACUUUUUUGGCUACCAGUUUCUGAAUGGUCUCAAUCCCAUCUUGAUCCGACGCUGCACUGCCUUGCCUGACAACUUUCCUGUCAAUGAAAACAUGAUCUCCCUGCAUUGCAAGGGUAGCUUGGCUCAGGAAAUGAAGAAAGGGAACAUAUUUCUGUGUGACUACAAGAUUUUGGAUGGAGUAGAAACAAGGUACAUCAAUAAACAAAAGCAAUACCUGAUGGCUCCACUCGUCCUGCUCCAUAAAACACCUGAUGAUAAACUGAUGCCUAUUGCUAUUCAGCUGCAGCAGAAGCCAGCAGUGGACAACCCGAUCUUCCUCCCCACUGAUUCUGAGUAUGACUGGUUGUUAGCAAAACUUUGUGUGAGAAAUGCAGACUUUAAUUUGUUUGAGCUCAACACUCACCUGCUGCGCACUCACCUGCUGGCUGAGGUCUUUGCAGUGUCACUGCUGCGCAACUUGCCAAUGGUGCAUCCACUGUACAAGCUUCUUGUACCUCACUCUCACUACACUCUGCAUAUUAACGUCCUGGCUCGAAAUAAACUAAUAUCUCAGGACGGUGUCUUCACAGAGGUUGCAUCUUCAGGUGGAGAGGGUAUGAUCCAAAUUCUGAGGAGAUCCCUAUCCUCAAUCACAUACAGCUCCCUGUGUAUACCUGAUGACAUUGCAGAGCGCGGGAUGAAGGACAUUCCAAACUUCUUCUACAGAGAUGAUGGACUCAGACUGUGGGACAUUCUACACAGCUUUGUCGAAGGAAUCCUAAUGAACUACUACAAGAGCGACUAUGACGUCGAACGAGACCCUGAACUGCAGAAGUGGAUAGGGGACAUUUUUGAACAUGGAUUCCUUUGCCGAGCAAAAUCAGGAAUCCCACAGAGAUUUACCACAGUGAAGGAGCUGGUCAAGUUCGCCACUAUGGUGAUCUUCACUGGCUCGGUCCAGCAUGCUGCUGUGAACUCUGGACAGUUUGACUUCGGUGGCUGGAUGCCCAACCUGCCAAGUUCCAUUCGAUGUCCCCCACCGACCAAAAAGAACGAAGCAACUGAGGCCACGAUACUGUCGGCACUGCCAGACAUAAGCACAACUAUCAAAGCCCUGGACAUGUUGUACUUGCUGACUCGGAAGUUCAGUGACUUUGUCCCUUUUGGCACUUACCCAGAGGACCACUUCACUGAGGAGGAACCCCGCAGGCUGAUACACAAAUUCCAAGAAGGGCUGAAAGAGUUGAGUGAAGUUAUCAAGGAGAGAAACAAGAAACUGGAUGUCCCAUACAAAUACAUGGAUCCAGCAGAGGUAGAAAAUAGUGUGGCCAUUUGAAAAUCAGCUGAUAUGACCUCCUUUUUUACCAAAUUCAGAUACUGAUUCACAAAAAAAAAAUAUAAGGAGGAAAUAUAUGUUUUAAUUUUUACUAAUCUUUCAUGGGGCAAAAAGGAAACUAUUGGGAUCUUUAUUAACAUCAUAAAGCAUGGUUGUUCUGUACGGAUCAUCAGUUAAGGUUCUUUGGAUUAGAAAAUCAAGACUACCAAAAUGAGGUACAGUACUGUAGAACAUCUUUGGAAAAACAUUGAAGUCAUACUUGACAUCUCAGAGUGUGUGCUUUUUGAUUUUAUUUUGCUUGUUUAAGUGCAAAUAUGCUUUAUUUUCCUUGUGCAAUUAUUGCAGAGUCACAUUGUGCACUUAAUAACCAAAACAGCUCAAAUACAUGUGAUAUAUAGUAGGCUCCUCUUUGAUCAGUAGGGCUUCUCUGUUUAGAGAAUAAACAAUGAACAUCUUUGGUUGUCCUGGGGUCUCACAGUGACUAACAGAUACUUCUAGCCUGUGGAUGUUAUGCUGGGGUGUUAGUUACACUUUCUUCCUCCACAGAUUUCAAACAUCACAUUUCCAUGUACUUAUUAACCAUUUCAGGGCUGAAUUGUCGGGGUUGUGUCUUUCAUACAUAUAUGAAUGCAGCUGUGCUUUUUUUUGUUUGUUUUUUGGCUUGUCUUCAAAAAUGAUUAGUCAGGUGGGAAGUGUUAAACAAUAUCAAAAUAAAUGAUAGGACAGAAAUCAGUUGUUUCCAGCAUAACAUUUUGCAUUUUAACAACAAAACGUUAUUCUCUUUACUUUGUUCAAUCAAUUUCCAUACAUAUCCUGUGUGGGUUUAUUCAUCAUUGGUUAUAUUGUUAUGGGUGGUGGAUUUACAUUUGUUAUAAGCUUUGCUAAUGACCAAAGUUUCUCUGUAACCUUUUAUGUUGACUUUUUAAAAAGUUAAAAUUUUUAUGGGGAUAAGAUAUUUGGAUGACUGUUUGUGUAAAAUGUUAGAUACCAAAAGAUGUAAUACAUAUUAUGGCACACAACCAUAAUUUUUGAACAAUGUCAAAGAUAUUUGAUUUGCAAGCAAUAUAAAUGUAUUGUCAAACUAAAUCAAUAAACCUUCUAAUUGGU